AUGGCCGCCACUAGCCACAAGAUUGGCACAUUCUUCCUCCUGGGAGCCGUUGCCCUGCUCGUCGUCACAAACAUAACCGCGCCGGUGGUCAAGAGCAUCUCGCUGCUGAGGAUAGACAUCAACAACGCAACCACCACGCCAGACCACCACCCGGUCCUGGUCCUGGGAACGUACGGCUACUGCAUAACCAAUAGCACCAGCAGUCAUAACAACACCAGCAGCAGCAGCAGCAGCAGCAGCAGCAGCAACAAUGCCAACACGACCAUGAGCGAAAACAGCAACGGGACGACGUCGACGAGCAGCACCGACGGGGGCAACCGCUGCUCGCCCAUGCAGUUUGGCUACAACGCCGUCAGCGUGGUCGGGGAGGCGGCGGGGCUGCAGUUCACGGGCUCCGCGCUCGACACGGGCGCCGCCGCCGCCAAGCUGGCGGUGCUGCAGCCCAUCGCGGCCGGCACGUCGGCCCUCGCCGCCCUGCUGUCCCUCGGCGCCGGCGGCUCCGGCAGCUGCAUGGCGACCUUGAUGGCCCUGGGGGCCCUGUCCACCACCAUCGUCGCGCUCGUUGUCGAUUUUGUCGUUCUCAACAUGAUCCGCUCCGGUCUCAAUGAAACCCCCGCCGCCGGCGCCUCCGCCUCGUUCGGUCCAGGCAUGUGGUCCCUCUUGGGCGCUGCCGCGCUGCUCCUGCUCGGGACCAUCAUGUCUCUGUUUGCUUGCUGCGGAGGCAGGAGCCGGAGGAGGAGGAAUGCCAGGUACUCCAAGCAGAUUGACGACUAG